UAUAGGACACUCCACUGUCCUACCCAGUGGAGUGGACAGACCGUCAGUAUAAAUGGGAAGGCUCCAGCAGAAUUCCCCACUUCAUCCCUCCUGCCCUGCCCACGCCCAGCUGGGAAGCACCACACCACGUUGGCAGCAUGAGGGGCACGCUGCUGGCACUGGGCUGCCUCGUUCUCCUGCUCCUGGCACAGGAAGGGAAAGGGGAAGGGAACAAGGUGAGGCUCUGUGGGAGAGACUUCAUCAGAGCCGUGGUGUUCACCUGCGGGGGCUCGCGCUGGAGGAGGCAUUUAACUUCUCACUUUCCUGUGACAGAGAGUGAAAACCCCCAGCAUUUCCCACUCGAGGAUGAAGGUGACGCUGACCUCUCACCACACCCAGAGCCGAGGCUGGGGAUCCACAGAGAAGCAGCCCAGGACGUCAAACCAGAGCAAGACUUGCAAAACACCAGCCAAGUUCCUGUGCUCAACAAGCGUGAGGCAGCCAAGCUGCUGGCCACAUCCUGCUGCAACGAGGGCUGCAGCAGGACAGAGAUCAGCUCCCUGUGCUGAAACGCAGCAG